CAAAGACAUCAGAUGAUCUUGCUGCCAUCGUUAUUACCCGUCAGAUAAGGAAUUGGUCUCCUUGAGAUUACCUGCACAACCUGGAUCUCACCGCAUUUGGACAUGACUGAGCCUCUUCAAUGGGCCAGAUACCACUGGCAGCGGCCGACUGGCAGUGAAAACAGGGACGAUCAUGAGAGGCCAUACAGCUAUUCCUCUUUACUUGCCUUCAGGGGCAAGUCCUCCCAGACCCCCAGACUGGCAGGAAAGCACCGGGUGGUUGUUCCCCACCUCCAGCCCUUCAAGGACGAGUACGAAAAGUUUUCUGGAACCUAUGUGAAUAACAGAAUACGGACAACGAAGUACACGCUUUUGAAUUUUGUGCCAAGAAAUUUAUUUGAACAAUUUCACAGAGUCGCCAAUUUAUAUUUCCUGUUUCUAGUUGUCCUGAACUGGGUGCCUUUGGUAGAAGCCUUUCAGAAGGAAAUUACGAUGCUGCCUCUGGUGGUUGUCCUUACAAUUAUUGCAAUUAAAGAUGGCUUGGAAGAUUACCGAAAAUACAAACUUGACAAACAGAUCAACAACUUAGUAACUAAAGUUUACAGUAGGAAAGAGAAAAAAUAUGUCGACAGAUGCUGGAAAGAUGUUACUGUUGGGGACUUUAUUCGCCUUUCCUGUAACGAGGUUAUUCCUGCAGAUAUGGUUUUACUCUUUUCCACUGAUCCAGAUGGAAUCUGUCACAUUGAGACUUCCGGUCUUGAUGGAGAGAGCAAUUUAAAACAGAGGCGGGUGGUUCGGGGAUACACAGAGCAGGACUCUGAAGUUGAUCCUGAGAAAUUCUCCAGUAGGAUAGAAUGUGAAAGUCCCAACAAUGACCUCAGCAGAUUCCGAGGCUUCCUAGAACACUCCAACAAAGAACGUGUGGGUCUCAGUAAAGAGAAUUUAUUACUUAGAGGAUGCACCAUUAGAAACACAGAGGCUGUCAUGGGCAUUGUGGUUUAUGCAGGCCAUGAAACCAAAGCAAUGCUGAACAACAGCGGACCAAGGUAUAAACGCAGCAACUUAGAAAGAAGAGCAAAUACAGAUGUCCUCUGCUGUGUCCUGCUGUUGGUUAUAAUGUGUUUAACUGGCGCAUUGGGUCAUGGAAUCUGGUUGAGCAGAUAUGAAAACAUACCCUUUUUUAACAUCCCUGAGCCUGAUGGACAUGUCAUAUCACCAGUGUUGGGAGGAUUCUAUAUGUUUUGGACCAUGAUCAUUUUGUUACAGGUUUUGAUUCCCAUUUCUCUCUAUGUUUCCAUUGAAAUUGUGAAGCUUGGACAAAUAUAUUUUAUUCAAAGCGAUGUGGAUUUCUACAAUGAGAAAAUGGAUUCUACUGUUCAGUGCCGAGCCCUGAACAUCACAGAGGAUCUUGGACAGAUUCAGUACCUCUUUUCUGAUAAAACAGGAACCCUGACUGAGAAUAAGAUGGUUUUUCGAAGAUGUAGUGUGGCAGGCUUUGAUUACUGCCAUGAAGAAAAUGCCAAGAGGCUAGAGUCCUAUCAGGAAGCUGCCUCUGAAGAUGAAGAUUCUGCUGACACUCCCAGUGGCUCCCUCAGCAAUAUGGCGAAACCAGGGGCCCCCAGCUGCAGGAUGGUUCGCAGUGGACCUUUAGGAAGUAUAUCCUCAGAUCAUCUUACUGGGAGCUGUUUUGCUCUAGGAAGUGGAGCCAGUGAAGUCCCUCAUUCCAGACAGGCUGCUUUCAGUAGCCCCAUUGAAACAGAUGUGGUACCAGACACCAGGCUUUUGGACAAGUUUAGUCAGAUUACACCUCAGCUUUUUACCCCACUGGAUGAGACUAUCCCAGAUCCACCACUGGAGACUCUGUACAUCAUCGACUUCUUUAUUGCUUUGGCAAUUUGCAACACAGUAGUGGUUUCUGCUGCUAACCAACCACGGCAAAAGAUUGGACUCUCUUCUCUGCAUGCAAUGCCCAUUAAGUCUUUGGAAGAGAUUAAAAGCCUCUUCCAGAGACUGUCUGUCCGAAGAUCAAGUUCACCAUCUCUUGCCAGUGGGAAAGAGCCAUCCUCUGGGGUCCCAAAUGCCUUUGUGAGCAGACUCUCUCUCUUUAGUCGAAUGAAACCAGCUUCACCUGUGGAGGAAGAGAUCUCCCAGACCAGCAAGAGUCCCCAGGGCUCUGGUAACUCAGCUUGUCGCAUAGAAACUGAGAAGCAAGACAGCAAUGUGGAUGUCACAAACGGCAAGGUGGAAUCCCUCCCUGGACAGCCCUUGGCCUGCAGCCUGUGUUAUGAGGCUGAGAGCCCGGAUGAAGCGGCCUUAGUAUAUGCCGCCCGGGCUUACCAGUGCACUCUGCAGUCCCGGACCCCGGAGCAGGUCAUGGUGGACUUUGCUGCUUUGGGACCAUUAACAUUUCAACUCCUACACGUCCUGCCCUUCGACUCAGUAAGAAAAAGAAUGUCCGUUGUGGUCCGGCACCCCAUUUCCAACCAAGUCGUGGUGUAUACAAAGGGCGCUGAUUCUGUGAUCAUGGAGCUGCUCUCAGUGGCUUCCCCAGAUGGACCAGGUCUGGAAAAACAACAGAUGAUGUUAAGGGAGAAAACCCAGCAGCACCUGGAUGCCUACACCAAGCGAGGCCUGCGCACUCUGUGUGUAGCAAAGAGGGUCAUGAGUGACACUGAAUAUGCAGAGUGGCUGAGAAAUCAUUUUUUAGCUGAAACCAGCAUUGACAACAGGGAAGAAUUACUACUUGAAUCUGCCAUGAGGUUGGAGAACAAACUAACUUUACUUGGUGCUACUGGCAUUGAAGACCGUCUGCAGGAGGGGGUCCCCGAGUCUAUAGAAGCCCUUCACAAAGCCGGAAUCAAGAUCUGGAUGCUGACAGGAGACAAACAGGAGACAGCUGUCAAUAUUGCUUAUGCGUGCAAACUACUGGAGCCAGAGGAUAAGCUUUUCAUCCUCAAUACUGAAAGUAAGAAUGCCUGUGAGAUGCUGAUGGACACGAUCUUGAAAGAACUUCAGAAGAAAAAUCCAGCUUCUCCAGAGCAAGCAUCAAGUGAGGCUUUCCACCAGCCUCCCGCGCCCCCGGACUCAGGGCUGCGAGCUGGACUCGUUAUCAACGGGAGGACCCUGGAGUUUGCCCUGCAGGAGAGUCUGCAGAGGCGGUUCCUGGAGCUGGCUGCUCGCUGCCAUGCUGUGGUCUGCUGCCGAGCCACGCCCCUGCAGAAGAGUGAAGUGGUCAAACUGGUUCGAAGCCAUCUCCGGGUGAUGACUUUGGCCAUCGGUGACGGUGCCAAUGAUGUUAGCAUGAUACAAGUGGCAGACGUUGGGAUUGGGAUCUCAGGUCAAGAAGGCAUGCAGGCUGUGAUGGCCAGUGACUUUGCCAUUUCCCAGUUUAAACAUCUCAGCAAGCUACUCCUUGUCCACGGGCACUGGUGUUAUACCCGACUUUCCAACAUGAUUCUCUAUUUUUUCUACAAGAACGUGGCCUAUGUGAACCUCCUUUUCUGGUACCAGUUCUUUUGUGGGUUUUCAGGAACAUCCAUGACUGACUACUGGGUCUUGAUCUUCUUCAACCUCCUUUUCACAUCCGCCCCUCCCGUCAUUUACGGUGUCCUGGAGAAAGAUGUGUCUGCAGAGACCCUCAUGCGACUGCCUGAGCUUUAUAGGAACGGCCAGAAGACAGAGGCACACUUACCACUCACCUUCUGGAUCACCUUGUUGGAUGCCUUUUAUCAAAGCCUGGUCUGCUUCUUUGUGCCUUACUAUACCUACCAGGGCUCAGACAUUGACAUCUUUACAUUUGGAAACCCCCUGAACACAGCUGCUCUGUUCAUCAUUCUCCUCCAUCUGGUCAUUGAAAGCAAGAGCUUGACUUGGAUCCACAUGCUGGUCAUCGUUGGGAGCAUCUUGUCUUAUUUUUUCUUUGCCUUGGUUUUUGGAGCCAUGUGUGUAACUUGCAACCCACCAUCCAACCCCUAUUGGAUUAUGCAGGAGCACAUGCUGGAUCCAGUGUUCUACUUAGUUUGUGUUCUCACAACCUGUGUUGCUCUUCUGCCCAGGUUUAUAUACAGAGUUCUUCAGGGAUCCCUGUUCCCAUCUCCAAUUCUGAGGGCGAAACACUUUGACAGACUGCCUGCAGAGGACAGGACUGAAGCUCUCAAGAAGUGGAAAGGGGCUGGAAAGAUGGAUCAGUUGACAAUAUCUAAGUAUUCUGACCACUCCACUGUUAAGUCAGAGAGAAUACCCAUUUCUGACCCUUCUGCUGUCUUUGCAGUGAUGUCGGCAACUUCUUGUGCUGUUGAACAAGGAAAUUUAUCUGUAUGUGAAACUGCUUUAGACUCAGACUACUCUGAAAAUAAGGCCUCAGGGAUGGCUGGACCCUCAAAGGAUUAAAAGAGCAGAAUACCCUCCUUGGAGUUGCAAGUAGGCCUUCAAGUUUGGAAGAGGGCCUUUGAAGAGGUUCCUCUACCAAACCAGCAUGACUUGGAUUUUUCCUUAAGGGACAAGAACAUUUUACUGGGCUUGGAAAAGCCAGUGUGAUGACCUUUACUGUAUGUUUGUAGACAUUUGUAAAGGAGGUUAGAGUUUGACCUGAACAGAGUUUAGAGAAGUGAAAUAUUUAAUUCAGAAUCAAAUGCUUUUAGGAAACUUUUUGGAUUUUGUAAAAGCAUUUUAAUUGUUCUAGACAUGCAAAUAUUUUCAAGGGAAUUCAUUUGAGACAUAUAUUUAUUUUACUAUCUGCUCAUUUCAGUGUUCUCCUGAGGUGGAAGGCUUCACUGGUAAGGGGCAGCAGGGAUGCCAGAGUUCCAUGGAGAUGUGUUCUUCUCUCUGCUUCCUGUCAACAGAAGACUUUUUAUGAGUUAUACCUCUGUGCAGAUGUUUUCAAUUGGGAAACAGAGGCCAUAGGUAAGGAAUACAAAGUCAGCUGAGUCUAGGGGCCCUUUGUCAAUUUCCCAUAUUCUAAAACUGACAAUAGCCUAAUCAAAAUGAGACAAUCAAUUUCAGAACAGUCUUAGGGAGAUCAUUUGAGGGUUUAUAGUCUUUAUAAUACCCUACAACUUUUCUGCUUUUGCAACCUCUGAAAAUGAGAUAUUAUGGAACUGACAGUAAUACAGGUGGUUCUCAGGAGGAUUCCAUGAGGUUCUUAGAUUUGUUUUUUAAUACAUUUUAGGACAAGAAUGUCUAUAUAAAGUUAAUUGCUGUUGCAAAUCAUGUAUGCUGGUUUUAGUUGGAACAAAGAAACUCGUUUCUACCAAAACUGUCAGGUAUUAUUUUAAGAUUAUAUAUUCUUGUUGAGUUCUUUUAAAAGUCUAUAUCUGUCCAUCUGAAAAUUGUCGGCCACCCAGAAUUUCCUUCAUGAAAUUUCCAUGCUAAUGUUCCAUGUCUAUAUGAAGCUCUUCUUAAUGACUAUUCAAGUAUUAUGCUCAGGGCUUAAUCUUCUACCUGCUACCUACUGUCCUGGUCUGACAUUUUUUGUAGCCUUCUGAUGUUAUUGCAAGUGGUCUUUUAUACAGACUGAUUUCUAGAAUAUUCAGAAUCCCAUAUGGCUAAUGGAGGUAGCUUUCUUCUUUCUUAAGAUUUUUUAAAAAUAAACUGUUUAAUAAAUAACAUAUACAAAAAGCUGUCAUUGCUCCUAUAGAUACUCACCAAAUCCAACAGUAAUUGGUACCAGAACUUAGAAGGAAAAUCCCAAAGCACACCUUUUACCAGAAUACUGUUUUGACCUUUUCUUACAUGGAAAAGUCAGUGAUCCUCAUAGCAGCUGGCAUUCAUUCCUUGAGAUCAUCAUCUUCCAAUAAAUAAAAAUUUAGAGAUAUAUUCACUUGCAAAUAAAAGAUUAGAAUCUAAGGAUAAAAAGACUGAGUCCAAAAGACUAAGAGAAAAGGUCAAUCCCCAGGAUGUAAAACAUCUGUACACAUGAGUAGAGGAAAGUCUUGAGUCUUCAUGCUAUGGGUCUACAAUCUCUUAUCCACAAUUCCACAGUCUCAAGAACUCUGAAAACUGAAAAAGUUUUCAUAAAUUAGGCACAAAUUCAAUGUGUUAAACAGAUGUAAGGCUAUUUAUUUAUUUAAUGUAAUUAUUCAUAUAUUUUGCUACGAAAAUAUUAGUAGAUUUUAUACUGGGUGCUAAACGUUGUAAUAUUAUGCUUUUAAAAUUUUUUAAAAUUCUGGAUUCUGAAACAUUUCUGGCCCUCAGGCAAAAGAGAUUUGGGAUCUGUAUGAAGCCUUUAAAGGGUCUUAUCUACAAUAACUCUUUUACACAAAGUUACCCAAGCUGAUGUGGUCUGUUGCAUUUCGGUAUUCAGUGUAUUUCACCAAAUUUGGGGGAGCCCAAAUCUGUUCCUAGUAGCCAAAAAAAAAAAAAAAAAAAAUUAACAGUAUACCUGUGUGAUACAAUUUUACCCAUAAAGAUUUAUAAAAGAAUUGGAUCAGAUUCCCAAAAUGUGCUCUAGACAUGAAAGAUCCUUGCCUUCUUAUCAGGGCUGAAGUUUUCCUUGGACCCUCAAUGGGUUAUUGGAGACUGCUAGCAACCUCUCAUUUCAGACUAAUCAAAGAGCCAUCUUCCAUCUAAAAUAAAAGAGUAUGUUCCUGGGGGAGUGAGAUAUAAGACAAGAAAAUUUUGAUUGGUGGGAAACUGGAUGCCAACUAUAAUAGUGGGAGGCACCGUUUUCUGGGGCUUGCUCCAUGUUUUAUAUCCAUAAAAAGAAAAGAUUAUACCGUUUUAUUUGUAUUAAGGGUUACUUAAAGUAAGUACAAGAUGUAUAUUUCACUGAACAUAAGUUGAGCAUAUGUUGUUACAUUAUGUACCUAUAAUUAUAACAAAACUGACAUGUGUUCUUAAACUUUCAUACAGUUGCGACCACAAUUCGGUUGCCGGAUUUUACAUUCUAAAUAGGUUUAUAUAAACUACAGAACAAGAGAUGAAUAAUGUGGAAAGUGUCAAGACAACUUUUCGAAUGUCACCUACGCACACAUAUAGAAAAGAGUACAAAAAAGACACGUAUAAAAUUGCAGGUAGUCUCUGGGGAAUGCUGAGGCAGCCCAGGUUGCUGGUGGAGGGAAUCCUACUUGUUCAAAAGGCAUUUGGAUGUUGCAAAAUGGAUGCCUGACUAAUUGAAGUAGGUGCAUGUGAAGAUUUGUGUUUUGAAGCUUUUUUGCGGGGAAAAAAAUACCGUAACCACUAAUUACUUCAAAAUUGAUGUGUGUAAAGUGGCCUAGUGCUUAAAAGCAUCUUUAAAUUUUUGUUUUAAUUAUCAAUGGGAAGAAAUGGCAACACCAGAUAUUAAACAUCUUUCAAGGACAAUUACAAAAUGUUUUUCUCCGUGCAAAGUUUUACUGUGCUUUCAGAUACAUUUCUGUGACUUUAUUGGUAUGGAUAAACACAAGAAAACUGGAAAAUACUUAAUUAGGGGUGGGGUGCAAUUUUCUUUUGAAAAGAUUGCAUCUCUCUACUCUAAAGCAAAUCCUCCUAUAGCAAAGUUUAAUCUCAACUUCACUGUCACAUAGGCAGAAUGAAAUAUUUCCCACAGGUAUUUUCCUAGUUGUCAAAAUCUCAAUUGGCUAAGUGAUACACAGUGAACAAACCCCAGCUCUAGGAAGGUUCUUUGGAGACUUUCUGUAAAAUUACAAUCUUGAUUUAAAUUCAGAAUGGGCAGUCCAAGCAUGUCAGGUGCUAAUAUGGAUGUCAAAAGAGCUUUGUGCUCAAUGUGAUUUGCUAUUUCAGCUACCUAAACGGAUGCUCUGUCUUUCAUAAGUUCUCAGCAUUAUGCAAACUUUAGAAGAGUAAUAGUAAAUAACUUAAGCAUGUAAAUUAUCUUGGCUUUUAAUAAAUCAAAAGCAAGUCUCUGAUGUUAAUAUUGUAAUUUGCUAUUAUGCUCUUGUGCUUGAGAAACAAAAGCUGGCAAAGAUUAGUCAGCCUGGAUCUCAAUGUCCUUUUUGUGACUGGACAAAAGGGAACUUUCUCUAACCUGUUACACUCUUCUCUUUCCAGAGUGGAUCAUUUCAUGUUAUAGUUAAGGUUAGGCCUGCCUGGCAAAAGAACAAACUCUGUUUUGCUUUGGGUUUUAAAAGAUUUUCAUUCAACUUGAUGUAAGAGAAAAAUAGAAUUUAAAAAACAAAAAGCUGCAUAAAAUUAGACCAAGACAAACAUGAACAUUUGCAGUGCACUGUGGAGCAUUACUGUCCAUGAAAGUGCUUCCACACAGCUCUCUGCAGGAAGUCCUCCACUAUCGAGAAGGCUAUUUGCUCUGAGUGUCGCUGGUAAAAGUCUCUGAUCAUCUUUGGAAUUAGUUUAGGAAAAAGGCGUGGAUGUAUAUUUGUCUUUCAAUCCAUUUGACAAAGUAUGUCACGUUGCUAUAAACUCCAGGUCCCAGGACUUUGGAAAAGCAGACAGAGCCCCAUGAAGUUAAGCCAAAUAAUGUCCACUGUCCUCCAGGCCGCUCACAGACCAGAGGCCCACCACUGUCACCCUGUAAUGAAGAGCAGUGGACGUUAGUCACUGGUAUGUCAGAGACCUCACGGUGUCCAUGCUAUCCUGAGGGUAAAAUAAAGCCAAACCCAGUUUAACCAAUAUCCUGAAAAAUUUCAGCAGAGCUCUCAUUGUCAACCUGAGAGCUUUCCACUACAUAAACAGAACUUUCAAAUGAACAUUUUAAAUCUUGAUCUUUAAAAGAAUAGAAAUGACUUGGGAAAGGACUAUAUUCUUUUUUUCCAGGAAAUCAGAGGACUUUUUGUCAUUUCCUGCACUUAAUGAAGAUAUCAAACUUUUUAAUUUAGCGUAUCAGAACUGAGUCUCUCAUAAUUGAUUUCAUUCUUUAAUUUUGAUCCAUUUUAUAAAUGUAGAACAUACCCAAAAUGGAACAUUCAAGGAUAGUUUUCCCACAAAAAGUGCUAGAAAAAUACUCUAAAGUAAUUCAUUACUUUCAAGAUUCUUGCUAUGUGAAUGAAUGCAUUAAAUAAGACCAUUUACUGUAUUUAAUAGAAAAAAAUUAGCAUGCUUAAACAGAAAAUACCACAUAAGAAUUAAUUAUAGUAAAACAUUAUAACCUACAUUUUAUUUCAUAUGCAUAGUAGUGGUUUUCAUUCUUGAUAUUUAGGUGUUGCAGGCGAGUUUUACUCAGUUUUUUGAUCCACAUAUAAUUAACAGAAAAACACUGUGGCUUUUAAAAUGCUAAUGUUUGCUACAUCUGAAAAGAUGAGAAUGAGAGAUGUAUUCUGCAUGGCCUCAAAAGAGAAGGACCGAUACCCUAGAAAAUAAGUAAGUAUGUGGACUCAUGGCAGAAAUUUACAAAUACUCCUUGCCCUGCAAGAAUUUCAAACUUGUAAGUACAUCUAUGGUCCUCCUACUUUGUAAUGUCGGGGAAUAGUAGAAAUCAUGUUUACUGAUGCUCUUCUAAACACUUUCCCUGUAUUAGUUCAUUUAAUCCUCAUGAAAUCCCUACAGGUUAAUAAUAAUAAUUAUUAUUAUUUACAUGUUAUUACUUAUAUAAUUAUUUAAAUAUAUAAUAAUUAUAACUGUUAUAUCUACUUUGGAGAUGAUAAAACUGAAGCACAGUUUUAUAACUUGUUCAUUAGCAGAGCUAGGAGUUAAACCCAGGCAGUCUGGCACAUGACUCCAACUUUAUAACUACUAGGUUAUCUUGUUUCUUAGAAAUGCUACUGAAUACAACUGCU